UUUUACUGUGGCCGCCAUACCGUGAGGAGCGUGGUUCCCGGCGAGCCGAAAACUUAAAAUCGAAAAUGGCCUGUGCCCGACCCCUGAUCUCGGUUUAUUCCGAGAAAGGAGAAUCCUCAGGCAAAAAUGUCGUCAUGCCUGCUGUGUUCAAGGCUCCAAUUCGUCCUGAUGUUGUGAAUUUUGUGCACACCAACAUGCGCAAAAACAAUCGUCAGCCUUAUGCAGUCAGUGAGCUGGCAGGCCACCAGACCAGUGCAGAGUCCUGGGGUACUGGAAGAGCUGUAGCCCGUAUCCCCCGUGUGAGAGGUGGUGGAACUCACCGCUCUGGCCAGGGUGCCUUUGGAAAUAUGUGUCGUGGAGGUCGCAUGUUUGCCCCCACUAAAACCUGGCGCCGCUGGCACCGUAGGAUCAACACAACCCAGAAGCGCUAUGCCAUCUGCUCUGCUUUGGCUGCCUCUGCUAUUCCAGCACUUGUGAUGUCCAAAGGACACCGCAUUGAGGAAAUCCCUGAGGUCCCCCUCGUGGUUGAAGACAAAGUUGAGGGCUACAAGAAGACCAAGGAGGCAGUGCUCCUGCUGAAGAAGCUUAAAGCCUGGAAUGACAUCAAGAAGGUCUACGCCUCCCAACGCAUGCGUGCCGGAAAGGGUAAGAUGAGGAAUCGUAGACGUAUCCAACGCAGAGGUCCAUGCAUCAUCUACAACCAGGACGCUGGUGUCACCAAGGCUUUCAGAAAUAUCCCAGGCAUCACUCUGCUGGACGUGAACAAAUUGAACCUCCUGAGACUUGCUCCUGGUGGUCAUGUCGGCCGCUUCUGCAUCUGGACAGAGAGUGCUUUCCGCAAACUGGAUGAGCUGUACGGCACCUGGCGUAAACCUGCCUCUCUGAAGGGCGACUACAAGCUGCCCAUGCACAAGAUGACCAACACAGACCUUAGCAGGAUUCUGAAGAGUGAGGAGAUCCAGAAAGCACUCCGUGCUCCAAAUAAGAAGAUCAACCGCAGAGUGCUCAAGAAGAAUCCUCUGAAGAACUUGAGGAUAAUGCUCAAACUGAACCCAUAUGCCAAGACAGCAAAACGUCAUGCCAUCCUCAAGCACGACCCUACAAUUAAGGCUAAAAUGCUGAAGUCUAAGAAGAAGCCCACGAAGAAGGGAGCACCCACCAAAGUGAAGGCCAAGGCAUAAAUCUGUUCAUAUAGACUGGAGUUCAGCGAUUGAAUAAAUCAGUGGUUUCACAU